AUGCGUCAUACCAUCAGCACUGAAAUGAGGGAGACACGGAGCUCUACCGCCGCUGCUGAUUGCAAGAGCAUCGCACUUGAUCUCAGCACCGUCAAAACUUCAAGUGAGGCACCUCCACGCACACGUCCCCGCAUCUUUGGAUUACAAGAAGCACCCACCUAUUAUCCAACCAAGGAAGAAUUCAAUGAUGAUCCCAUUCAGUAUAUCCAAAAGAUACGAGCAGAAGCAGAGGAGUAUGGCAUCAUAAAGAUUGUCCCGCCUGAAGAUUACAAGCCUGGAUUUGCCCUUGAUACAGAGACCUUUAGGUUUCGUACUCGUCUUCAAAAACUCAACAGUAUGGAGGGUGAAACACGAGCCAAUGUCAAUUAUCUAGAACAGCUGUAUAAUUUCCAUCGACUCAACGGCCAUCCCGUGAACAAAGUGCCUCAGCUUGACCGUCGCCCUAUUGAUCUCUUCAAACUUAAAAAGGAAGUAGCACAGCGUGGAGGAUACAACUUGGUUACGCAACAAAAGAAAUGGGCCGAAGUAGGUCGUCUGCUUGGUUACUCUAGACAACAAUGCACAUCCAUGUCAAAUGCUCUCAAGUCAGCCUACAACAAACUUAUCCUUCCAUAUGAAGAAUGGCUCAGCAAACACAAGGAGGAAGCUUCUCGUAGGGAAUCAUCGACACAACCAUCCUCCAAAGAGAAUGAGACAACAACAACAGCAUCACCACCUACCCUCUCACCAUCGACAUCGAGUCAAAGCAGCAAUAGCGGCAGCAGCAAUAGUCAACAAGAGGGAUGUGAGAUUUGUCAUACCAUUGAAGAGGAGGAUGAAAUGUUGCUAUGCGACGGUUGCGAUCGUGGUUAUCACAUGCACUGCCUUAAUCCGCCACUCAAGAAUGUCCCGAAAGCUGACUGGUAUUGUGUCAAAUGCCUUACAGCUGCUGGUGAGGAUUACGGCUUCGAAGAUGGUGACGAAUACACCUUACGAGAAUUCCAAAAAGUGUGCGACAAGUUCAAACGAGAAUGGUUUGCCAACAAGAAUGGGCAACAACAACAACAACAACAGCAGCACAAUCAGCAACAACAACAACAACAACCACCGGCCACUGAAGAAGAGUGUGAGAAUGAAUUUUGGCGAUUGGUGGAGAAUCCUCAUGAGACAUGUCAAGUUGAAUAUGGUGCUGAUUUACAUAGUACUCAACAUGGAAGUGCAUUUGCUCCGCUUGAACCAUCCACAGGCGCAUACCAACGUUGGAAUCUCAACAUGAUCCCAGUACUACCAACAUCGUUAUUCAGUCAUAUCAAAACGGAUAUCAGUGGCAUGAUGGUGCCAUGGUUGUACAUUGGCAUGUGCUUUUCGGCAUUUUGUUGGCACAAUGAAGAUCAUUACACCUACUCGAUCAAUUACAUGCAUUGGGGCGAAACAAAGACUUGGUAUGGUGUCCCUGGUGCCGAUACAGAGCAAUUUGAAAACACCAUGAAAGCAGCUGUACCUGAAUUAUUUGAACAACAACCCGAUCUACUUUUCCAAUUGACUACCAUGUUCAGCCCUGGUCGAUUACUCAAAGAAGGGGUGCGUGUAUAUGCAGUGGAUCAAAGGCCUGGUCAGUUUGUUGUCACAUUUCCAAAAGCAUAUCAUUCAGGCUUUAAUCAUGGGUUUAAUUUCUGUGAAGCGGUCAAUUUUGCACCUUGGGAAUGGAUCAACUAUGGAUUGGAAUGUGCCAAGCGAUACAAACAGCAUAAACGACAACCUUGCUUUUCACAUGACGAGUUGCUAGUGACGACAGCACGUAUGGAUCAUUCAUUGGAAGCUGCCAUGUGGCUCAAGGCGCCCUUGUACGAGAUGCAGGAACGUGAAUUGGAGGCACGACAACGAUUAUUGAAACGAUAUCCACAUAUCCAAACAGCCAAUUCAAAGGAGGAUGUCCCUGAAGAGCAACAACAAUGCUUUUUAUGCCACGAGUACACCUACUUGUCCCGUGUGACAUGCGAGUGCAAUCCUACGAGGGUGUCAUGUUUGGAGCAUGCUCAAUUACUUUGUCGUUGCGACAUGUCAAAAAAGACACUGCAUAUGCGUUUCAGUGAAGCCGAGUUGGAGGAAAUUGUACGACCUGUACUUCAACGUGCUUAUCAACCUUGUGAUUGGAGCGACAAAUUGCAGGAAUUUAUGCGUACACAUCCUGAGCCAUCUCUUCAUCGAUUGAGCGAGCUACUUUCAGAGUCUCAAAAGAUCGCUGUUCCACCUCCUGAAGCUACAUGGUUGCGUGGAUACAUCACCAAGGCGACCAAAUGGAUCGAGGAAGCGAACAAGUGCCAGCAACGAUGUAUCUCCAUUUCAAAAGCGAGGAAGAGGAAACCUGCCACCGGUGAAAAUUAUCAACGAAUUGGCCAGCUGAUAGAUGAGCUCAAAACCAUGGCUUUCAGCUCACCCGAGGUGCAAUCUUUACGUGAAACCUAUCGCAUCUUAUCAGAGUACAAGGAAGCUGCCAUUCGUGUAUUGCAAAACCCACACAGCAGCGCUGAUAGCUUGAAGGGCAUUUAUGAUACGGGAAUCAAGCUUGGUGCUGACAUGGAGGAAUUCGGAAGGAUUGAGCGUAUGGUGCAGCAAAGUACUUGGUAUAAGGAAGCUCGCGAAAUCAACCAGGAUUCUUCCCCUGAUUAUGAUAAGCUCGUGAAGCUUGUGCAUGAAGCUGAAUCAUGCGACAUUCCCAAUGACGAUCCUGUGUAUGUGACGCUUGUCAAGAACCGUGAUCAAGGUGCCAAAUGGGUUGAACGUGCUGAAAACAUGGUCCGCCAUCGAGGAUUGCGAGUGACAGCCGAUAGCAUUCGAGAUCUUGUUCAAGAUAGCCAAAAUGUACCACGUGUUCCCAACUUGUACAAGGCUGUCAACGGAUUAGCUGAGCAGGCGUUUGAGACGAUGAAGCAAGUGGAUCGUGCAUUUGAACGAGCCCAUGCUGCCAAGGAUGUGAUUGGACGACCUUCGGUUGACAAAGUGCGUGGACUACUCAACAAGAUAUCGGCUCUACCCAUUGAAAUGCAAAGUGGCCAGAAAUUGGAACGUGAAGUGAAGCGUGUGGAUGAAUGGUGCAAACAAGUGCGUGACAUUUUCAAACCUGUGCGCAACAACCAAUCGAUUGAGGAAUUGAUGAAUGAGAUUGAUUCAAGUGCAUUGACAAUUACCAAGGCCGCACUCACCGAACGCACGGGCGUCUAUUGUUUGUGUCGCAUGCAGGAAUCGGGUCGCAUGGCAGCGUGUGACAUGUGCCACGAAUGGUAUCACGUCGCAUGUCUCCGACUCCCUUCACGCAAAACAGCUCCUGAUGCCAGCUUUAUUUGUCCCAUUUGUGAUCCAACCCAACCGAUUUAUCACCUCACCAAAGAACGACCUACUUUGGAUCAGCUUGUUGAUCUUGCAGCAGAUGCUGAAAGUCUCAUGUUUUGCCCACGUGAAGUCAAAUGUAUCAGCCGCACCUCUACUCGACUUUUGGCUUAUCGUGAUUAUUUGCAAUCGUUUUGUCGCAGCAAAGUUCAUCUUGAUAUCACUGAUCUUCCCAAGAUUCGUCAACAUAUGCGUGAACUUGAAGGCCUGGAAAUCGUUCUAAGUGAUGAACGUGACUUUUUGCGUCAAAAGAUUCAAGAACUCGCUCCUUACAUUACCGAACACCGCACAAAGCAGCUUGUUUCAGGCCCCAUUGUUGAACCUGCCCAUUGUCAAAUUUGUGACGUUAUCGAAAAUGACCAUGCACUCAUGAUUGGAUGCGAUACUUGCUUUGGAUGGUUCCACUUGUCAUGCGUACAACAAGCUCAAUGCAACAGCGACGCAUCUCCCAAUUCAGAUCAAUACAUUUGUGUGGCAUGUAAUGCAAAACACAAGCGUCCCGUGUCUAUCAAGCUACGUGUCAACCCACCACCACCAGGUUCUAUUUCACCACCUCAAACUCUACCAUCCACCAGUACCACUACUACACCAUCCGCAUCCACUACGCCAUCUCCUACCACACGAAGCAGCAGACGUCGAAAACAACCCGAUUCGUCGCUUUCACCAGUCGAUGGUCCCAUUCGCAAACAAUACAAGGCUUGA